GUUGUAUAAGUGACAUUUAUAUUGGACGCACUUUUUACAUAGGCGUACACUACAUAGUGUUUGUGCGUAGGCCUACAUCAUAAUAUUAUAUGAUGAUACAGUAUUAUGAUUGGUGGUAAUGUUACUGUUACAUUUAUGGUUGCUUUACAAUUCCAUUAAAAAAACAAGAUGGAGGUUAAAGUCAUCGUUAUGCUGUUUGUAACCAUCGGUUCUGUUGAGUCAGAUGCAUUUUCAGUCCGAUUGGCCGGUGGAAGUACAAUUUAUGAAGGACGUGUUGAGAUAUAUUAUAACGGAGAAUGGGGAACGGUUUGUAAUGAUCGCUGGGACUUAGAUGAUGCUCUUGUGGUCUGUCGUGAAUUAGGCUAUGGAUAUCCAGUGCAGACACUCAUUUAUGGAUACCAAGGAGAUACAUAUCAAAACAUCCUUUUAGAUGAAGUCGACUGCAGUGGUUGGGAGUCUAGGCUUUCGUCGUGUUCACAUCCAGCGUUAGGUGAACAUGACUGUGCACACAUUGAGGACGUAGCGAUUGAAUGUUCUCCAGGUUUAAAGUCUAUAAUUGUACAUUUUAUAUUUUUUUAAUUGUGACAUC